GACGACAGGCAGCCCGCAGGCGAAAUCCCCAGCGGGCGGCAGCAGCCAAGGAGGGGGCGGGGGGUCGAUGCUGCCCCCCGAGGCUCGCACGCCCACUGCCCCCAACAAGGCCCUGCACAAUGUCAAAGGAGGCGGGGGGGACCAUCCAUCGGUAAGCCAGGAUAUGGCAUUUCUUCAGAAUCGCUCAAUAUCCCUGGUGGAUAUGUACAUUGACAAUUCCGAACCUACAGAAGAUGUGGGACAAAUUCAUUUUUCAUUGGAAUACGACUUCCAGAACACAACAUUAAUACUCAGAAUCAUACAGGGUAAGGACCUGCCGGCCAAAGACCUGUCCGGCACCUCCGAUCCGUAUGUGCGAGUCACCCUGUUACCAGACAAGAAACACCGAUUAGAGACGAAGAUCAAGCGGCGCACGCUAAACCCGCGCUGGAACGAGACCUUCUACUUCGAGGGCUUCCCCAUACAGAAGCUGCAAUCGAGAGUGCUGCAUCUGCACGUCUUCGACUACGAUAGGUUCUCGCGAGACGAUUCCAUCGGGGAGAUCUUCUUGCCCCUCUGUCAGGUGGACCUGAGCGAGAAGCCGUCGUUCUGGAAGGCCCUAAAGCCGCCGGCCAAAGACAAGUGCGGCGAAUUGCUGACCUCUUUGUGCUACCAUCCGAGCAACAGCAUCCUCACGCUGACGCUGCUCAAGGCGCGCAAUCUCAAAGCCAAAGACAUCAACGGCAAAUCGGAUCCGUACGUGAAGGUGUGGCUGCAGUUCGGCGACAAGCGCAUCGAGAAGCGCAAAACGGCGAUAUUCAAAUGCACCCUGAACCCUGUUUUCAACGACACGUUCUCCUUCACCGUUCCCUGGGAGAAGAUAAGGGAGUGCUCCCUCGACGUCAUGGUGAUGGACUUCGACAACAUCGGGAGGAACGAGCUCAUCGGCAGGAUCCUGCUGGCUGGUAAAAACGGAUCAGGGGCCAGCGAAACCAAACACUGGCAAGAUAUGAUAACGAAACCCAGGCAGACCAUAGUACAAUGGCACAGACUCAAACCCGAGUAA